AUGAGAAAAGAGAUGACAUCAUAUGACUGUGAUAUCUGUACAAAGUCGUUCUCUCGGAAAAGCAACCUAAUUAUGCACAAACAUACUCAUACGGGAGAGAAACUGUAUCAUUGUGAUACUUGGAUACUUGUGGUGAGAAAGCCUAUCAGUGAUAUCUGUGGAAAAUCAUUCUCAGAAAAUUGUGACAUAACCAAACACAAACGUAUUCAUACAGGAGAGAAACCGUAUCAUUGUGAUAUCUGUGGUAAAUCAUUCUCUGAUAAUGCUACCUUAACAAAACACAUACGAAUUCAUACAGGAGAAAAGCCCUAUCACUGUGAUAUUUGUGGUAAAACAUUCUCUCAAAUUAGUCCGUUAAUUGCACACAAACGCAUUCAUACAGGAGAGAAACUUUUUCAUUGUAAUAACUGUGGUAAAUCAUUCUCUCAAAAUAGUGACUUAAUCAAGACACAUGUAUUCAUACUGGGGAGAAACCGUAUCAUUGUGAUAUCUGUGGUAAAUCUUUCACUCAAAAUAGUGAGUUAACAAAACACAAGCAUAUUCAU